AUGGUGCGAUUUAGACUUUUCGCCACCUGCGCCUUGGUUCUAGCCACGGGUUCGCCAGUAUCAUCAAGAGCGACGUCCCGCCAGGCUGCCCCAUGGAAAUCGACGGUGAUUGGCAGCUUCGCCGAACCAUGGGCUCUUGCCUUCCUGCCAAACAAUCGGAUCCUCGUCACCGAAAAACGAGGUAACCUGCGCAUUAUCGACCCGGCCACCAAAGCUACAGGCCAGGUCACCGGUGUGCCCACCGUCCGCUACGGAGGCCAGGGCGGAUUUGCCGACAUCGCCUUGCACCCAAACUAUGCUGAGAACAACCUUGUAUACGUCAGCUACGCCGAGCCAGGCACCGGCAACCAGGGCGGCGCCGCAGUCGCCCGUGCCAAGCUUGUACUGAACGCCAACGGAGGCGGCGCGCUGCAAGACCUCAAGGUCAUCUGGCGCCAUACCCAAAUGUACAGCGAGACCGGUCAGUACGGCCAGCGUCUCCUCUUCGACGCUGACAACUCGACGCUGUGGAUUUCGUCUGGCGAGAGACAGCGUUUCGACCCUGCCCAGGACAUGAAGUCCAACCUGGGUAAGAUUAUCCGCUUGAAGGACGACGGGACGGUUCCCGAGGGCAACCCGUUCAACACCAGCGGCGGGGCCACGGCCCAGAUCUGGGCGUCUGGAGUCCGCAACCCUCUCGGCAUCGACUUUGACGCGGAGGGCCGUCUCUGGGAGAUCGAGAUGGGUCCACAGGGCGGCGAUGAGCUCAACAUCAUCGAGAAGGGCGCCAACUACGGCUGGCCGAUCGUAUCCGAAGGCAGACACUACGACGGAAGGACGAUCCCCAAGCACAGCGCGCGGCCCGAGUUCGCUGCCCCCAAAGUCGCGUGGGUCCCCGUCAUCUCCCCCGCCGGCAUGAUCAUCUACAAAGGCGACCUGUUCCCCAACUGGAAGGGCAACGCCCUCAUCACGGCGCUUGGCGCGCAGGGGAUAGUGCGCGUGGAGAUUACCGGCACUACGGCGCGGGAGGCACAGCGCAUCCCCAUGGGCCGGCGCAUGCGCUGCAUCCGACAGACUGCCGACGGCGCGCUGUGGGUGCUGGAGGAUGGUGCUGGCGGUCGGUUGCUGAAGCUUACCCCCUCUUGA